CUGAGCGUGAUUACGUUCGAAACAAUCCCAUAUUGACCAGAUACAUAACUUGUCUCAGACUCUCAGAUCUGAUCUACAGUUUAUAACUUUUGGAGGUCACGCUGCGCUUGCCACUCAGGUAGACUUAAGUAGCUAUCUCCGUUUAUAUUGUAGUCGCUCUCAACUUCUACCGGUUAGUCGUUUCGCGGCAUUCCACCUGAAGUGUUGUGUGAUCAGUUUGCAGUGAUAAAGUGAGUGCAUUGUUCUAAGAUGCGUAUCGGAGCUACCAUCCCAAACUUCAAGGCCGAUUCGACCAAGGGUCCGAUCGACUUCUACGAAUGGCUCGGGGAUUCGUGGUGUGUCCUUUUCUCCCAUCCGGCCGACUUCACUCCGGUUUGCACAACGGAGCUGGGUCGUAUUGCCGUCCACCGGGAGCACUUUGCGAAGCGAAAUGUGAAAAUUUUGGCCCACUCGGUAGAUGACCUCAAGUGCCACGUCGAUUGGGUUAAUGAUAUCAAAUCAUACUGCCCGGAUAUCAUCGGAAAUUUUCCCUACCCGAUCAUUGCCGAUCCGACGCGGGAGUUGGCUGUGAAGUUUGGAAUGCUGGACGAUAAGGACAAGGACGAUCCGGAGUUGGCGCAUACCGUCCGCGCUUUGUUCGUCAUUAGCCCUGACCAUCGUGUCCGUUUGACGAUGCACUAUCCCACGUCUACUGGAAGGAAUGUCGAUGAAAUUCUGCGGGUUAUCGAUUCACUGCAGCUGACUGAUCGUCUGAAGGUGAUUGCAACACCCGCAAACUGGACGCCCGGUACCAAAGUGAUGAUCCUCCCGAGCGUCUCCGAAGCGGACGCUGAUAAGCUGUUUUCCAACAUUGAGCGCGUUUCGAUGCCAUCCGGAAAUGUCUACGUGCGCACGACCACCGAUUACGAGUGAUGUGGGCAGAUCAUUCAAGUGCAUGGGUUGGGCGCGUAUGAGAGCGGCAUCGGCACAAACCGGUAGAAUCGGACUUGUUUUUCGCUCGCAAGCCAUAUCGUAUUUCAGUCACAUCUCGACAAACAGUUUAUGUAAUCAUUUCAAUAAAAACAUUCUAUUAUUGUUUCAUUACUUAUUCUUCUA